UCUAAAUCAGGUGGAUUAUUCUUGUCCUGUUCGCCCUCUUCUGUCCCUUCAUCUCCUUCUUCUUCUCUCAAUUUGGCCGCGGCAUCACACGUGUUUGCCAUGGAAACGGUUUUGCUCUUCCUCUCCUCACUCCUGGUGUGUGUAGCCGCUGAAUCAGACCCCAAUGUUAUGGAGGAGCAUUCAGUGGCUGAAAAUCCUUUUAUUUACGAUUAUGAAAGUUUGAGAAUUGGGGGAUUGACAUUUGCUGUGAUCCUGUUUAUGCUGGGCAUCCUUCUAAUCCUCAGUCGACGAUGCCGCUGUGGAGGAAAACAGAAGCCCAGGGCCCCUGGAGACGAGGAGGCACAAGAGGAGAACCUCAUUGUCACCAAGGCUGCAGCGGCUGCCAAAGAGACUCCAGCAGAAAACUGAGGCAACGGGAGCGGUUUCUGAAAGGAAGCAACAACAAUGUUUAAAAAAAAAAAAAAAUUAUGUGAGGUUUAUUCUAGUUAGUUGUACGGGAGGGUGAGGACAAGGUGUAAACGUUUUUAAAAAAUGUAACAAGUGAGUAGAUCUUUUGCCAGGUGUUCAUUUGUGUGUGUGUGUGUGUGUGUGUGUGUGUGUGUGUGAAUAGUCCUUCAGUGCUCUUGUCAAAUGCUGUGCCUUUUCUGUGACAGUCUUUCACUGCAGUUUGUUGUGGCAUCUUUUGGCACAAGUUUGUCUUAUAAAUUCUCGAGAUAUUUUUAGUGUUGUGGGUUCAGAUGUUUCGUUGUUCUUCUACUAACUGACUUUAGGUUUUAGGAUUCGUGAAUCUGUUGCUCGUUUUCUCAGCCGUCCUGAGGGAAAAAAAAAACAAACUGUCAUAUGUAUAUGAUAAGAUAUAUGCAUAUAUACAGUAUUUAAAUUUAAAUACUUUACAUAUGAGCUAUUUAGUCAAAUAUACGAGAUCUAUGUGUGUGUUUGAGUGGUUAGGCGUGUUUGGGUGAACAUGUGUGCAGGGCUGGAUUUAGGAGAAUGUGGGCCCACAGGGUAAAUCCGUUCCAGUGAAAGAUUAAAGUAAUGUUUAUGAAUGAAAUAAAAAAAAAAACAUACUUAUUGUGACUAACAUGUUGCAUAGCAUAUAGUUUAUUGAGUGUAGUUUAUUGUGUUGAAAUUCUAAGUCAAUUAACAUAAUUAAAUAAUUGAAUCGUUAUCCAUUGGAAAUCUUCUUUUUUUUUUUUUUUACUUGACCCUAUAUUAUAUUGUAUGAAAUCAAAUUUUAUUGUAUGAUUCAGUUGAAUCAAAACAAACUUAACCAUAAAACCUAACUGAGAGGUCAGCAAGUAUUUUUGAACAGGCAUGUAAGCUGUGUCUGCUGAAAAGAGACGUGUUGGCCCAAAAUAUUACACCACCUAUGCUUGAGCUGUGGUCCUACUGCCAAAUGCAGAAAUGCACUGCUCCGUCAGAGCCAGCAGGAAUGUCUUAGUGCUAUCAAUCACUCUGAUGUAUGAGCUGCAGCUACGCUAACGGGGAGGAAGUGGCUGAUAAUUACAGGAAAACUGUUUAUCCGCCAUCAAUUGGUGGUCAUGCUUACUAGCCUGCAUGUUCACGGCAAGGUCCAUUGUCAGGAAGUAGCUGCAGCAAAGCAGAUAACAAGAAGGGUGUGAGCAGCACAUACAUGAAGGUGAUUGACAGUGCUCCUCCUGGCUCUGAUUGGAUGUUUCUGACUGGCUGGCGUAUUUUUGCAGGUAGAAGUAGGACCUCACGGAGAAGGCAGAGGAGCUUAACUUUUUCCACAGAUCAACUGUUUUAUAAUAUCAAAACAUGAUGACAGUUUUAUUAAAUAUGUAAAGAAACAUGUUUUGUUUUUAAAAGUUAGAUUCUGCAUCUUUAACAACAACCCCCAAAAUGCAGUGUCCCCAGGCUACUGCCUCUGUCCCCCUCUUUCUUAAGUCCGGCCCUGGGUGUGUAUUGUUUGGCGUGCAGGAUUGUGAACGCAUCACAUCUGCUCUGGUUGUGCAUCUCUCCAUGUAGACGUGGUUAGCCUUUUACAAGACAAUCUCAGCGCUGCUCUCUGAGCGGGAUUCGCAGGUAUCUGCACGGGCUCCUCCACUGUUGUGUGUGUGUGUGUUUUUUUUCUUUUUUUUUUUUUUAACCACCCGAAGUGGAGAGAGCUCACACAUCAGCUGUGUCACUGCCUUUCUUCUCCACAUAUCUACUGCACUGCUGCGUCACUGGCUCCACUGGGAUUAACUGGUCUCUAGCAGGCAGUGAUUAGCUUCCCCUCCACUUGCAGUCGCUAGCGCUGCAAGCUCUUCAAAGCGGGGGAAGUCUUCUUUUCCUGUUUUUAUUUUUGCUUUCCUCUGUCACUGUUUUUUUUUUUUUUUUUCAAAUGACAACACAUUCUCUGAAAGAUUAAGUGUGGAUGCUGUGUUUGAGAGGUUUAACCUCAAAAGCUGUGUGUUAUUUCUGUGCCAGUCUGUAUUAAAAGUAGCUAAACGCGAGCUAAAGCAAAGAGUGGGAACAGACUGCUGUACAACUACUGCUGUGUUCAUCUCCUGCAUAAAGCCUUGUUGUGUAGCAACCUGUGGUGCUUUUGGCAUAAUUUAAUAAAAGUGUGUUCAAAGACCGA